UCGACUGUAGUCAUUUGAGUUCUAACAUGAGUGGAACGCGCUCGCUUAGUUCGCGAUCUCGGUAACCGCAAACGCGCGAGUUCGCGUUUACGUUCCGAACGUUUCUGUUAUUAUUAGUAAACGUUAAUCCAGCGCGAACGUCAAAGGUUUUGUUAUCGGUUUCGCCUAAAACCUGAUAAACUGUAUUGUUUAUUGUGCGGUAACGUUUUUGUGGGCAUUAGAAAAAUGGAGUGUCACUAGUGUGAGGGUUGUUCACCAUCCCCGAGUAUCCUGAGUACGAAGCGAAGCGAGGCAUGUUGUCUGCAGCACUCGAUGUGAUCCUCACUACCCUGCGAUAUCUGGCGCCAGCAACUCUUCUGACCUUGUUCUGGGGGCAAGAGAGCUUCCUCUUUAAACUGCUUAAGCAUAUUGAUUCUGCUUUUAGAGCAAUCGUAUUCUCGAGCGAGGACCAAAAACGAGCAGUAGUACAAUGGCUGGACGAGACCGCAAAAGUCAGGGUCGAGACUCUGAAUACAGUAUGGCGGCACGGCUGGAUACUCUGCGAGGUGCUGGACGCAGCCAUACCGGGUGCCUGCUCAGGACAUCCUCCUUCGCGGCUCUCUUUAACACACGCUCAGGCAAUUGCAGACGAUUGUCUUGGUGUUGAGCCCGUCUUUUCCCGCCAAGAGCUGGAAUCGCAUGACUCACUAAGCAAACACCAAGAAUGGAAACUGGCUACUUAUUUAGACCGCAUCCGACUGGCUCUAGCAAAAUUAACACCACCUGUCUCAAAACCUGUUUCUCAAAGGACUUCUCCAGAAACCACCCAAUUUACUGUAGACUACGUUGCAAGAGGUUCUGGUUUAUCAGCAGCUCAAGUUAAUACUAGAAUGCAUUUCAAGAUUUAUCCAACUGGACAACAGUCGUUAGAUCCAAGAGAAAUAACUAUUUUAAUUAAAGGGCCUAAAGAUACCUAUGGAAUGACAGUUCUCCCACCUAUAAUGGGAAAAGCACAGUUAAUUAGACAAAAACUACUGGGAUUGCAAAAUAAACAAAACUUUACAGAAAACGUAUUACCCAUAACACAAGGUGCAACGUAUUUACGAGCCUAUGGUAAAAAUAAUAUGAAUAAAACUUAUUAUAUACCAAAAACAAGGUAUGAUAUUGAAAUUGAAGGAGAGUCACAUGCAGAUCAUAUAAAAGUUAGUUAUACUGUAAAACUUGAAGGCAGAUAUGAAAUCUCUAUAACGAGUAAGGGUCAAAACAUAGUCGGAUCACCAUAUACUGUAAUAGCGUCUCAUAAUAUUAUUGGGACCUUAGAGAGAGAAAGUUUCUGCUUAGAGAAUGGAGAAGAAAUAGACAUUGUUGAUGUUAAAACAGACAAAAAGGCAGUUCUAAGAAUUGUUGACUUUGGAACUGAAAAGAUGUUAUUGAAGGAAAAUGGCUCUCUAGAAAAAAUAACAGAUAAUGAAGCGAGAAUACUAAUGUCUACUGAAAAUAUGCAAAAUAUCACAACUCCUAUUGAUGAACCUAUAUGUAAUGUCUUAAAAAAUUAUACAAAUGCAACUUUAUUACCUUGCAGUAAUGACAGGAAUAAAAAAUUUCAAAAAACUGUUAGAAAAAUUAUAACAACUAGCCGUGUCUGUAAAGCAUUUGUCGAUUAUAUACCUAGAAAACAUAUAUUAAUGACAAUUACAGAAAAUGGCAACAGUCGACCAAAACACCAAGAUAUUCCAGAUAUUGUUAAUUCUACAUUGAGUGAUGCAAAGCCGAAACCGUACCACAUUUCAGAUAGUAGAGAUAAAAUUAUUAUCCCUGAUAGAAUUUCAGUAUCAAUUUUAACGGAAAAACAUGAACCUAAUUUUGUAUGUGACACUACAUUGAAUGAAAUAAAAACACAUAGUCUGGUAAAUGAUAUAGACAAUCAGGACAGCUUGGAGGAAUAUUGCUUAACACAUGAUGAUAGUGACGAUAAUAGUCUAGUGUCAAAUAAAACAAAUUCACCAAAUAAUCCAUUUAUAAACGACAGAUGUGAACAUGAUUAUGAAACAGAAAAAGAUUUAGGCUCCUUUGUAACAAAUGAAUAUGAAACAAAUAACUCUCAAUGCGAAAAGAUAGAGAAUACAUCUGUAAAGAUAUUAAUAGACGAAAAUGAUGAAACGACCACGACAAACAAUAAUCCAUUUAUAGAUACAGAUUUAAUUAAAUUGACCCGACCAAAAUCUCCUGUUUUCAAAAUAAUAUCAGGUGAAAAAUGUAAUCGUGAUGACACUGGUUAUAUAGAAAAUAAACCAGAAAAAUUAAAUGAAGAAAUACUGGGGAAUGAAUUUAUAAAUCCAUUCUUUAUACACCAACAUCUACAAUCUAGUGAAUCAUUACCGAUUGCAGAUUUUAAAAUAGGGGCUCCAGUUUCAUUGCCACCUAUAAUUAGAGCUACAUCACCUGUUCCUGAUAUGGAAUCUUUAAUUAUUACAAACAAUGUAGAUAAUACACAUGAGUUGAGUACAAAUAACGACAAACUUUCUCCUGUAUUUUCUACUCCAAUACCUGCAAACCAAGUUAAGAUAGAGGAACAUAACUUGCCUGUAUCUUCUACACUUCAUAGUUUCAAUUCAGAGGUGGCAGGUAGUUCACCUAUAUCCAAGAACAACAGUCAACAUGAAAAUUACCAAAUCGAUACAGAAAUAUCGCAAAACAUUACACCAAAAAAAGACCUAUGGGAUUCCGCCUAUGUAAGUAUAGAUGAUAAUAAUUGUUCGCCAGAUAGUAAUAACAAUGAUAAUAUAGCCUUUACUGAAUCAGUGAGCAAACCAAAAUUUUCUCCUAAUGAAAUGAGAUAUGGAUUAAAACGCGAAGAAUUAUCUAACAUAGGUCCAGCUGAGAGGGAAAUAUGGCAAACAUGCAGUGAAUUAAAUGACGAUAUCCUCAUUAUUCAUGAAGAUACCAGUGUAAAACCGAACAAAUUCGAAUUUAAACGUCCUAUUUUUACUCCCAUUAUCGAAGAAAAUGACAGAAGUAUACCAUCUGGAAUGAAGAAUAUAAAAAAGGCAGAAAACUUUGAAAAAGACGAUGUUACUGAUGCUAUAACAGUGGCAUUUGCUGAACUAAAUGACUUAUAUCAAGAGCACUUUCCUAAUGUAGAAACGAAUUCUACCAUAAUCCCAAGUGUAGAUAAUAAACUCCAAAGACAGGAAAAAGAACAUACAAUUGAUACAAUUUAUGUCGAUUCAGCAUCUGAAAUUGAAACAGAUGUGAAGAGACAAAAGAUAACUAAAAACACACUAUUUGAAGGAAAGAUUUCUGAGGUUCAGACAAAUGCCACUGAAUCCAUUUCAGCAAGUCAUACCCUUCAAGAAAACAAAACACAACAAUCAUAUAAAUAUCAAGAAUCAAAUAAAAUUGAAACACAGUUUGGAGACAAAAAAUACACAAAUAUAGUAUUAGAAAAAAAGAAAUAUUGGGAUGAAAGAAUACGACAAAUAGAAGCGAAAUCAGAAGAAUCAACAACACUUCAAAAGAAACGUCGACUAUCUUCUAGACAUUUGAGAAAUAACGAUUCUCUAACAAAACGACGUGGUAAACAAAUUGUCAAAAACUUUUUAAAAGCUGAUGAGAAUAAAAAUGAGCAUGGAAAAUCAUUAACUUUAAAUAAAUCAAAUGUUAAAACUUUAAAAACUAAUAAUUCCCAAGAGUCGAUAGAACAAGUGGAAUCCGAUAUAAAGUUGGUGGAGAAAUGGAAAAAAUAUUGGGAUAAUAAACUGGAGACUGAUAAUAUACAAGACACAAUAUCUUGUUUUAAGACUAAUAUUCCAAAAAGUAAUCAAACUCCAAUAAUAAAUAUUGAAGAAGUCGAUGAAACUGAUAAUAAUGACUACGAAUCAAAAUUGGCAUCACCAGUGAAACAGGAACUACCAGAAGAAGUAUUUAAAGCAUUUGAGACGAGCCCUAAAAGAUUUUUUGGUACAUCUAGAAAACAAAUUUUAAAUAAAAUAGAUACUUUUUUAGGAAAACCAAGCACCGUAGAUAAAUCAUCAGUAAUUAACGGUGCUAGUCAAGAUAGUGGGUUGGUGUCUAGUCGUAUAUCAUUAUUUCAUAAAAUAUCGAAUACAGAGGAUUUAUUAUGGUCAAAUCGAAAAUCUCAGUCUAUGCAUAAUAUACAUCAAAAUAAAUAUAGCAAUAAAAACAUAGAAGAUACACUGAGUACAUUCAACGAUAAAACUUUCGAAUCUGACAACGAACAACGUAUAAACGAUAUUAAGUUAGAUAUGAGUACAAAGAAUACUUCGAGUAAUAACUUAGUUCACAUAUCAUUAACGGAUAAAUCUAAAAAAGUACCAAGUUUGGUAACUAAAGGUUUUGAAUCACCAAAUUCAACAGAAGAACGAGAUCCAAUGAAAAAAGACAGUAGGUAUGUGAAAAAUAUUAUUAAACAAAUAAACUAUGAUAAUCAUCAGGAGAACAAGCAUAACAAGUUAAAUAAACUUUAUCGAACGUCCAUAAGCAAAUCGGAAAUGGACAUCUUUAAUAAAACUACUGACAGAAGAAAUGACGAGGAUUUUGAUAAAUAUAAAUCAUGCGAUGAAUUGCCAAAAAUAAAUGUAAAAAAUUUUAUAUCACUUUAUGAAAGUGUUUCAAGCACUGUCAAACAACCGACAUUAACCAGAAAAUUAAGUAAAGUAAACAUUCAAUAUCCACAAAAACCAUUGCAUAUCAGCAACUCCACUUCAGUUGUUGCAGAAAAUAUAAUCAAUCAACCCCAAAAUUCAUCACAACAAGAAAUAUAUCAGGAACACGACAGUUAUAAAAGUUUUGAAAGUGUAAGUAUUGAUAGUAUCGAUACUAAAACCAGUAACUCCUAUGAACUUGAACCAGAAAAUAGGGAAAAAGAAACAACAUAUGUCAGUCUAUCGGAUAUUGAAUUGGAAAUAGUUGAAAGUCCAAACAAAUCAAUAGAACCUUCACCAGAAAGAGAUGAAGACGCAAUUAAGAAAGAUUACAAAUCUCGUUUUAAAAUGGCAAAAGAAUUCUUUCAAUCACUGGAAGAAAUUAGAGAUGUAAAAAAACCUAUAAAAUUAAAUGAAUGUCAACAAAUACAGCAAAAUAAAUCAUCGGAAUCUCCCGAAACAAAACGAACGCAAAAAAGAAUUAAGAAAAUAAAAAAAUCACAUUCUAUGCCUUCAUCUGAAAUUGCAAAAAUAUGGAAUGAAAUGCAAGAAAAUGAAAAUAAUGACUGUAGUAGUAAGCUAACAAAAAUAUCAGAGAAAUUUAAUGUAGAUGGUUUAUUCAGUGAUGUUGUGAGUGGAAAAUUAAGUAGGCAAGGUAGUUUGAGAGGUAUAGCACAUAAAAAGGCAGUGCUAGAAGCUUUCAGAUCUAUGGAGAACAUUUCAGAUCGGACAAUAAGCCCUUACGAAAUGGCAAUGUCUGAGACUAACAAUGUAACAAACGAAAAUCAAAUCAAAAGCGCGCAGACUUAUUUGAGUGAAUACCCUUAUUUGCCAACAACUGAUCCAUCAAAAUCCCAGUCGAGGCUGGAUGCUAAAGCAUCUGGCCUUAUUACCUUAAAAGAACUGAUGAACAAAAAGCCUAGAAGAAACAGCGUGCCAGAUUUAAGGUUAAACACAUCUUUUACUGCUGAUCUAUAAAAAAAAGCAAUAUGUAAUUUUAUUUAAAAUUUAAAAGUAACAGUAUUUACUAGUACCUAAUGUAAGUUGAUACUCAGAAUAACUCUAUUUCUAUUAUGUAUAUUUUUAAUAACAUUUUCUUUUUCUAUUAUCAUUUCAUUAUAUUUUAUGCUAGCAUCAUCAACCAUGUAACUGAAUAAUUGUCAUAAUAUUUUUUAACUAGAAUAAUUCUACACAUGUACAAUAAUGUACAGAUACUGAAUCUAAUUUUAUACUUAAGCUAAUCAUAAAUUUAACUAUUUAUUCAUCAUUAAAAUAAUUGAUUUAU